AUGUUGCCCGUAUGGAUCAACGAGCGAACGGGUCUCUACGCCGUUCGAAAACGUCGCCAAUGGUUCUUUGACAUUGUCGUUCAAGAACGGAUUGGCAAGGAAGAAUUUUUGAAGAAACUAUUCAAACAAGGAAACGAAAGUAGUCUUUGUCGACUCGCCGGAUAUCCUGAAUUGAGUACACCGCUUUCUCGUCAUCUCCUCUCUCAACUCGAGCGUUCGGAUGUUGUCCAAGCGAAACAACGUUUAUCUCUUCUUCGCUACGAACAAAUGACGACCGAGAUCUUCGAUCAAUUCUUAUCUCUUUUCAAACAGACCGGUUCGGAUGUCACUCAACGUGCACUGAACUAUCCACUUCUCCUCGAAUGUGCCAUUGCAACAAAUCAAGAAAAUGUUCGAAAAGUUCUUCAGUGGAUUGAAAAACGAUUUGCCAACGAACAAUUGAUGGUCAUCGAACAGUUUCUUCAGUCUCUUUGCACUUACAAUAAUCAAUUUCAACUCCAAGUAGUACCAUAUAAUUUGGAGACGAUCGAAGCCAUUCUGAAUUUGGCAUUCAAUCAUUUGCAAAAGACAUCGACCACCCUAAAGAUUAUUGUUUCCUAUGCUUUCGCACUGCUCACACGAGCUGAACAUCAUCAAAACAAGGAUGAACGAGACAAAUUACAAGAGUUCUCCUACAACAUUAUCAAACGGUAA